ACAAAAUGUUUAGACAAAUGAAUGUUGUCAUCAAAUACUUGUCAUUGGUUUUAGUUAUCAUUUUCGGUAUUAGCAUACAAUAUAUCUAUUCGGACGGCACCGACUAUACCAGUACUGGCGGCUCAGAUGAACCGUUAGUUAACAAAAUAUGUCACAACGACCGGUUCAUAUCGGUAUUCAAUUUGGGAAACGAUUUGAUCUUUCAAUUAGCCGACGAUUUUUUGAAGCUCACGGAUUGUGUCGAUCGGGACAGUGGUCUCGAAAUGUUGCCAUAUAUUAGAUCUAAUUUUGUUAACGAUCAUCGUAUGAGACAAUACCUAAAACAGUACUUUAACCUGUCGUUACCGGUGUUUGGCUUUACCUAUCAAUUUGCUAGCAGACAGUGCGGCGAAGUGAUCGAGGACUACCUUAACGAGUGCGCCCAAGUGUACGACGACUCACGUAUUUUCUAUGCCUGUAUCUACGGGUAUGAGACUAAAAGCGGCAAAAUCAUAUCCAUUGCCCGCAAGUAUAACAACUCGCGUAUCGAAGAAAUCCAAGUUAUUGGCCUACGCUUACGUAAUGAACAGUACUGCGAGCUUCGGUAUCAGCAUCCGGACAGUCCACUGUCGAAACCGGGUAUACUAUCGGGUACGUCAUUUCGCUUGCAUCAUUACCCGCAAAUUGUAACCAUCAAUGCUAGCGAUGACAGUAGUAUAGGGUCAAACAGCAGCGUCUCAUCAACGACAGCACCGGCAGAUAAUGUAACUGACAGCGACCUAAACAAUGCCACAAUAUUUCGGCCAUUAUAUGAGGAUAAAAUCACUUUUAUGAUGUUUACGACUGAUACGAAAAACAGUAGCCAACAGUCAAGCGUUCAUAUGUUGGGCUAUAAGUUUUGCAAAGUGUAUGACGAAGAUCUCAACAAUACGGCCACCAAUAACUGGCUGUCCGGUCGCCGAUAUUAUAUACCGAAAAGUCAAGUGUAUCACGUGUUUCGCUAUCUGAAUCUGACGUUUGCGUGUCCGCAAAACUGUACACUUCGAUCGCUAUUAAGUAUUAUUGAUGUAUCACCGGAGCUGACUGUUUGGUAUUCAGGCGAACUCUUUGGUACCAAUCAAUCGUUACACAGUCUGUUUGGUUGUGAUUCAUACGAUAUGGUUUAUGUUAACAACUUUUCUCCCAACGAGUUCUGUGCCGACCAGAGAUCGCAAUCGGUGUUCACAAUGGGUGACGAUCUGUAUCUGCAAAAUAACGGUCGUUUCUGGCGCCGAUACGACAAACGAUUUACAAACCCCAGAGGCAAUCCGCUACCAGUGCUGACGCUUAGCAGUAUUGUAUUUGACUCAGACAUUGCACGACUUCUUCACGAAGAAAAUAUCGACAUUACACGACCCGUAAUGGGCUUUGCAUUCAAAUAUUUUACGAUAAACCCGGUGUCACUGUCCACUUGCGGUAACAACAAGGCAUUGUUAUCAGUUAGGUGUCGACUCUAUUUAAUGCCUGAUAAUUAUCGCGCCUGUAUUUAUGGCUACAAAUUUUCUGAUAAAGUAUCAGAUAAUCACCAAAAACAACAGCAGCGCAUGGAAUCGUUACCGUUUGAGUACACACCGGCAGGUUUGAGAAUAAUGCUCAACAAAUAUUGGGUCGGUUCGCUAGAGCUCCGGGAUGUCUAUCAGGAAACGCGCAGUAUUUGUGAUUAUAUUCUAUUUAAGAUUCUGGAGAUACCACACGUAACAAAAAUGCAUUCAAUUACUGUACUCGACCGCAACAGUAGUUAUGGCUAUCGGCAAUGGUUUGGCAUACAGGCAAUGGUAACAGUGCGCGAACCGAACAAACCCGAGGAACUGCAACUAAUCGAUGCCGAGAUCAGCAAACAGCCCCAUCAUAUCAUGAAUGAAGCCGACUUCGUAUUCAAUAGGACUGCAAUACAUGUGUCGGUAAAGUUAGGUCUGGGAAAUGGCGAGGAAAAGCAUACCGAGUAUGGCAUGUAUUACACGAACCAGUCGUGGAUAUUCAGCACUCGGCGCACAACUCGUGAAAAUAUGUUGUCUCUGAAAAAGAUUCUGCAAAAAGAUAUGCUAACGAAUCACACUCAUUCUCUGCAAAGUCUCUAUGAAUGUCCAUUCAAUCAGAGCUAUACACUGGUAUCAGAUGAAAAUCAUGUUAGACACGGAUGUACUGCUAAUUCAUUAGUUUUCCAAAGUGUUUUCAAUGCCGGAGAACAGGUGUACUUUCAGAGUGGUCAACGAUUUUAUCGGUACAACAAAUUGCGAAAAAAAUUUGUUUACGACAGAUAUGUGACAAACCUAUUGAACGAUCAUUUCGAUACAAAACAUCGGGUAAUAGGUUAUUCUUAUCUAAAUUUUGGUAAUCAAUUUCGGACAGUAAUUGUUGGUCGACCCAAAUGGAGAGACUUAUCAUUAUUUAAUAACCAAACUCUCAGAACUUUAUAUCGUAUGUAUUACUCUAUAAGAAAUCAGUUGACGGCUCUGAUACCCGACAAUGAAGCGGAACUCUAUCACGUCAAGUAUCCGUUCGACACAAUUGACAAACAAUAUCUCGACAUCAAUAUCACCAGCGAUUCUAUACUAGGAGUCGGAUAUCUUCAGCGAUCGAUGAGUUGGAAACAAUAUAAAGACCGAAUGCUAUCCAAUGCUGAUCUGUAUCCGCCCGGCAAACAAACUAAUCCAUUGGUUGUCAUCUACGACAAGAAAGACUAUAAUUUGUUGAAUAUAUCGAAAAAUCUAAUACAAUUGGGAGGAUAUCCCGCACCGUUUGAACAUUUAAUGCCUUUUUCGCAGGAAUUUCAAUCAAUGAAAACUGAUUAUAAACGUUAUUAUUACAAGAAUAUUAUGGGUUUGUUUGCAUUGGAUGGGGAUCUGUAUUUAGUGGCACUUAAAUGGGAUGAAACCGAACACAUGGUUUUGAAGAUCAACAGUGGGGACGACUUGUCUACUAGUAUUGUGUCGGACAUAAAUUUUAAAGACUUUUUCAAAUGUGUCGCUAAAAAUGAGUCUUUUUCAUCAGCUGAUCAGUCAUCGUCUGGACUAUCGGCAAGAAUUGUCGUUUUUAUCAUUUUACUGAUCAUUUUAUUGAUAAUAGUUUUGGUUAUUGCUGUUAUGCAAUACCAGUCAUCGAUAUCAUUACAAUCAUCGUCAUCGUCAACAACGGUGAAACCCAAAUCAUCCAAUCAAUCAAUCGGUGAUAAAAGUAAUGAUAGUUUAGCAACAAAAUCUGAUGACAACAACACCAACAUAACGACACAAACGUCAACUAAAAGUGUCGAUUAA